CAUUUACUCGUAACCUAACGGAUUAUGAAACGUGAAACGGAAAUAACGCAGGGUGAAUUUCACUUGCCGUACUGUGGGGGAAGUAUCAUUUCCAUCGGCUGCCGUUUCAUUCCUUUCCAUUCCAUAACUGCACAUGUUCUCACGAUGCUGUGUUGGUGGUGGCUAGUAGUUUUGAUUGCGAGCAACGGUGGCAUUUGCGUUGGAGGUGGUGAGUUUGUUGGAUAUUUGACUUCACCAGCGCAUUGCAUUUGGUUGGAAGAAAUGAAAUUUAAAAAAGCAGUAUUUGUAAUAGCGCGGCCGUGGUUUAGUGCAGUAAUACCCACGGAUCAUUCUUAAAAUAAGUUUUUCCGCGUCGGAUGUCGAUGAUUGUAUUUGAAAUUUUUAGAGCGGGCGCAAUUCAAUAAAACAAUAUUAAUUUUAAUUCAAAUUUUAAAAUCAAUGUGCAUUAUUUUAAACACAGUAUUAGCCUUUAAAUCAAAUGUUUGUGUAUAUGAAAGCUACGAGAUCAAUUAAAAUCAAUUUGGUUCAAUUUGUGAACUGUGCACAUUACGUGCAUGUACUUAUAUAUUUGUACACAUAAGAAAUAAUAGUUUUAUAUGAGUGCAAUAAUUGAAUUAAAUAAUAAAAACAAUUAAACAGAAUUUUGAGAAACACUAUUGUUGAUAGAUACAAAAGUCAAUCGAAAAGUUCAUGAAAUUAUCAAAAUAAACCAAUAGAAUUCGGUGAUUUAUGUACCUACACACAAUGACAGACGAAAGUUUACACACAAUACCGUUGGAACACAACAUCGACUAUCAUAUUAUGUCGCUUUUCGAGCGAUUGGAGGCGAUGCGCAAAGAUUCGCACGGCAAUGCCAUAAACAACCGGCUUUCGAGUACACUGCAACCAAAACGCAACAUGCAAGGGGAAAUACGAACACUGGAAUUUUGGAGAUCUAUCAUCAGCGAAUGUCUGGCAUCCUUCUUUUACGUGUUCAUCGUUUGUGGGGCGGCAGCCGGAGCUGGCGUAGGUGCUAGUGUGUCCUCAGUGUUGCUGGCAACUGCUUUGGCUUCCGGAUUGGCAAUGACAGCAUUAACUCAGUGUUUUAUUCACAUAUCGGGUGCACAUAUAAAUCCGGCUGUAACAUUAGCAGCAUGCAUUAUACGCACUGUAUCACCAAUUCGUGCCGCCAUGUACAUAACGGCACAAUGUGGUGGUGGUAUUGCAGGAGCAGCUUUGCUUUAUGGUGUUACUGUACCUGGUUAUCAAGGAAAUCUCCAAGCGGCCAUAUCCCAUAGUGCUUCUUUGGCGGCUUGGGAACGAUUUGGUGUGGAAUUUAGUCUAACUUUCGUCGUUGUGCUCACUUACUUCGUUUCAACCGACUCCAUGAAGCGGUUCAUGGGCAAUUCAGCUAUAAUGGUGGGCUGCGCGUAUAGUGCAUGCAGUUUUGUUUCUAUGCCUUACUUGAAUCCAGCUCGUUCAUUGGGGCCAUCGUUUGUACUUAACAAAUGGGAUAACCAUUGGGUAUAUUGGUUCGGUCCACUUGUUGGCGGACUCGCCUCUGGCUUGCUGUUUGAGUAUGUAUUUUGUUCGCGGCGGAACACACGUGCACAUAAGCCAAGUGUGGAUAAUGACUCUUCGUCUAUACAUUCUGAAGAUGAAUUGAAUUAUGAUUUGGACGUUGAAAAGGCCCAUGUGUCAACUAAAUAUUCUCAAGGCACAUAUCCACGCGGACAAACGACUACCAAGCCAGCAAUUGCAACCAACACGGGUAAUAUUCCGGGUGGCGCAAACUACUGCCAGAAUUUAUAUACGGCUCCACCAUUAAAUAAAUUUGAUCAACCAGAGCCAUUAUAUGGCGGAACUCGUUCCCUUUAUUGCCGUUCGCCCACAUUAACUCGUACGAAUCUUAAUCGCUCACAAUCCGUUUACACUAAGAGUAAUAUCGCAAUAAAUCGGGAAAUUGUACCGCGUCCGGGACCUUUAGUACCGGCGCAAAGCUUGUAUGGCAUGCGUAUGACGCAAACGCAAACGCAAACACAGGCACAAUCAUCACAUUUACAAAAUCAGAAUGUGCAGAAUCAACUGCAGCAGCGCUCAGAAAGCAUUUAUGGUAUAAGAGGAUCAACGAGACAAUCACAGCAGCAACAACAACUACAACAGCAGCAGCAAUCUCAGCAGCAUCAUACGCAGUCACACCAGCAACAACAACAUCAUCACCAACAGCAGCAGCACCUUAAUCAGCAGCAACAACAUCAUCAACAGCAACAACAACAACAGCAUCAGCAUCAACCAACGCUACAACAGCCCCACCUACCUUCACAAGGCACCAGCCAGGAUGGUCAGCAGGGCUUCCAACCAGUGUACGGCACGCGCCACAAUCCUAAUCCCCUUGACGGUAAUCUUAAAUAUGAUCGCCGCCCAGAGUCUGCAUACGGCAUGGCUAUGCAUCGCAAUCGCGGUCAAUCGGCACAAUCGGAUGAUAGUUCGUAUGGAUCUUACCAUGGCUCAGCGGUAACACCACCAGCACGAAAUCCAAACGGUGGUGAGCCGAUGCUUAUGUAUGCCCCACCACCACCAAUGCCUACAAAUCAUUCUCAAGUGGGAGCACCACCACCAAUUCGUACACAAUCUGAGCGUAAAGUAACUGCUCCAGUUGUUGUGUCACAGCCACAAAUCGCAACGGGCGUGGUAACAUAUACAACGGGCUCCGGUCAAGGUGGGCCUCCAUUGCCACAACAGAGUACACAACAACAGUCUCAACAGCAACCUCCUCCUCAGCCUCAGCAACAGCAUCAGCAACAAACACAACAACAACAGCAGAUUUUAGUACAGCAGCAUCAAUCAUCUCAAUCAUCUCAACACUAUGGAAUGUUGCCAAUGCGAACCAAUUGAAAAAGACAAAAGUUAUGUAGUGCCAUGUCUAGGAAUUGUUUAAAUGAUAGUUUAGAUGUUAAAUGUAAAUAUCACUUUUGAAACAAUUAGUCGCUUUAAAACGUAUUUGCUCGAGCUGAUUUAAUUUCAUACGAAAUUUAAAUUGUGUAAGAGCUGUUUUCACUUGUACAUACCUUUAGU